AUGUCGAUCGCAUCGCUUGCUCCUGCCAACAGCAAGAAGGCCAGGUCGACGGCGAUCAACUCGUUCUCGACGUUCCUGGCCGCGGAGAGCAUGACACUCGAAGCCACCCACCAGCUUAUCGACGGGGAUAAGACAGAGGAGGUCGGCGACGAGAAGAAAGCACCCCCGUGCUCUAAACAAGACUUAGAAGCUAUGGUGUCGCUACUGUACUCAACGGCUGCGACGGAGAGUGAAUACCUCGACGCGGCCCUAGUCGUGAUGAUGUGGUACCUUUACGGUCGAAGCUCGGGCGCGGAAACAGUCGAGAAGAGCCAGCUAUCCAUCUUGCCGGAUCUUACCUCUCAUUCGUUUCGACGUGGUGGGGCCAUGCAUGCCAACGACGGUAUCUUGGCGGAAAACUGGAUUAUCGAGCGCGGGGGCUGGCAGCUGGACCGCGUCAAUAAGGCCUUCGGGUACAUGCUUGGUACAACCCAAGCCGACCAAAAGGUGUCCCGCGUCCUGAGUGGCUGGAAGCCCAAGGACGGCGCGCGGCUACCAACGCUAGCCGCUCUGGACACGCCAGUCUUGGUCCGCGCUCGCAAGAUGCAGCCGCUUCUCUUUUCCAGUACGAUGGCUUUCGCUGACGCUACCUUGAACCUCGACGACGACGUCGCUGACGUCCUUACGGCUACCCUGUUCAUGCAUUACCCCGACAUGUUAGUGCUCUGCCCAAGCCGCCCGCUCAUCACAAAGAUACGUGAGCUCCUAGCACAACGAGCCAUCGGUGAGUCCGAGCUGCUGGCGUGGAGCGUGACGAUUAACCAGGCAUUCGUGGCACCUCCUGCAUCAGAGGCUUCGGCUAGCGCUGGUGAGGAGCAGUCGCCUGCGUUGAUUGACCUCAUCAAACGCCAGUCCGAGCAGAUCGACGUCUUAAUCCUGCAGAACAAACGAAUCGACGAGCGCAUAUUAGCUGUUGAAGCACACCUUCAAGCACUUACCAACACAGCCGCAACUCAAUCAGCAAACACCGACGCCACGCUUCCUGCUCCCGAGCAACCACCGCCAAUAGGAGCUACGACGACACGCCCGAAGAAGAAGGGAGCCCAGUCGUUGUCGGCAAUCUGGUUCGAGUGGUUUACAGCGGAGCCUCGUGUGUAUGUGUCGCGUUCUGUAAAGAAGACAGCGUUGUACGACGAGGUCCUGGAGCUAGGCGAUAAAGCGCAGCAGAACGCACUCACCUUCUUGAAAUCGCACGGCUCCUACGCGGUUGCAGCAGGUUCGGCGUUGAAGGCUCUUCGUCAGAUGCAGAAGCUUGGUAAGCUCGACGCGCUCAUCGCCCAGUUCCAUGAACGCGUUGACCAAGGUGUCAUUGUCGAUCCGACGCCACCUUCAGCACUUCCAUCAUUCAUUCGACUGACGCCCGCGCAAGUCCUCGGCCGCCAUCACCCUGCGCAAGACCAGCCAGCCGGCAGUGUCGCUGCAGCCGCACUCACUGGUCCUGUUGUUGCUGCUGAUGCUGGCCCCGCCGGCCAUCACCCCGCGCGAGGCCAAGCCACUGUCGCAGUCGCCGCCGUGUUCCUGGUGCUGCUGACCUCGAGCGCCAUCACCCCGCCCGAGCGCCAUCACCCCGCCCGAGGUCGAGCGCUCGCCCACGUUGCCGCCCUCGCCCGCGUCGUCGCCCUGCUCUUGGUGCUGCUGACCUCGAGCGCCAUCACCCCGCCCAAGCGCCAUCACCCCGCCCGAGGUCCAGCCACUGUCGCAGUCGCCGCCGUGUUCCUGGUGCUGCUGAACUCGAGCGCCAUCACCCCGCCCGAGGUCGAGCGCUCGCCCACGUUGCCGCCCUCGCCCGCGUCGUCGCCCUGCUACUGA